AUGCAUUUUUUAAAUUAUCCAUUUGACAAAAGGAAAACCAAAUUGGUUUUCAGAUCCAAAAUAGAGGAAAAAUUAAAUGAAUAUAAAAAUAAUGGCACCAUCAUAACCUUAGAUACAAAAUGUGAAUUAGGGGCUUGCCAGAUAAAAUUGAGCAGCGAAUUUAUUAACAGCUGUAGUGAACAGUUAUUAAUAGACAUUUUAAAAAUAAAGAAAAAAUUAAAAGUCUCUUAUGGUGUAAAAUAUAGUAUUAUUUAUAGCAUUUUGUUAAAAGGGGAUAAAAAAAAAAGCAUGAGGCAUUACAAAAAUAUUAAUCCUAAAAAAAAUGUAUACAAAAUUGUAAGAAAAAAUACAUUGUAUUUCUUAAACCAGUAUCUUAUAUUAAAAUGCAUAUACAGAGGAAUACAUGUCAAUAUAUAUAAAUGUAAAAAUGUUCUAGACAAUAAAAAAUUUUGUUUGAAAGUUUUCCAUUUAAUGAUUUGCUUAAAAGAAAAUUGCCCCUAUUAUGUUAAUGGAGAAGUGUACUUAACUAAUUAUCUUUACAAAAUUUUAAAUGAAAUAUUUUUUUUAAAUUAUUUGGACAAUCAAAGCAUAAUACAAAUUGAAAAGGUCUAUUUUGAUCAAAAAAAAAAAAUGUUGUUUACCUUAUUACCUUACGUAACUUAUCAAUCUAUGUACUAUAAAAAAAGACAUAGAAUAUAUUCCGCAUUUAAUAAAAAAGUACAAAAACUAGACAACAAAUAUGUAGAAACGCAUUUGUACUCAGAAAAAUUCCUUAAGCUUUUGUUUUUAAAUAUUUAUAACACCCUGAACUAUUUAUUAAAAAAAAGUGUAACUUACUUAGAUUUAAAACCUGAUAAUAUACUCCUAACGAGUAGGCACAAAGAACAAAUUUCUUCUUAUCUUAUACCCGUAAAGAAAAAAAAACAAAGCAAAGCUUCUGCAUCAGGAAACUGUGUAGAACUACCCAAAGUACAAAUCAGCAUUCAAAAAAAGCUAAACGAACUAUUGCAAAAAAAGCGUAAAAGAGAACAAAACACGGAUUUACAUGAUAAAGAACAAUACAACAAAAAAAUAUUUCUUAGACAAAAGGAAAAUAAAAAAACUGAUAAAAGCACGAAAAACAGAGGAAAAAAGCCUUAUUCAUAUUGCCAUUACAAAAAAUUAACCCCCAACAUUGUGAAAAAUAAAAAAAUUAAAUAUAUUUAUAACAUGAAUUUAUCUAAAUGCUUUGAGUACGAUAAGAAUGUAAAAAAGAUUUUUUUCGAGAAAAACAAAUUAAGUGAUAUAUUCUUCUCAUCAAAAGAUGCCGUUGUGUAUGUCCAAACCUUUAUCAAAAGGGAAAAAGCAAAAAGUGUGCCCUUAUGCUAUGAUCAAAAAAAAAACCCUGCACAUAAAAAAAAGGAAACAAAAAUAACUUCAAAUAAUACAAACAAAUUACUCAUAAACAAUUUCCAAAUUAACAAAAUAAAAAACUUGUCUACUUUUAAACAUAACUCAAAAAAUUCCAUUAACUUUUUAAAAUUUUAUUGGUUAUAUUUUAACGAAGAAAAUUCAGGAAAAUGGAGUGGCGCACUUUUGCCAUAUCUAGACAUAUAUUUCGUGCAUAAAUAUUUUUGUAAAACAAUGUGUACAAUCUUUCAUUCAUUAAACUUAAAUACUGAUCAAAACAACAUCACGAAUUCUACAAGUCAGGUACUUAAAGAGCAAUUAAAUAGUGACAAUAUAUAUGAUGAAAAUAUACUAAAAAAUGAGACGCCUAAGAAAAACAAAUUAUGUACGCAAGAGAAACAAGGCUUAUCAUUUUUAGAAAAUGAAGAAUCUCUCCAUAACAUCAUCAAGUUGAUAGAUUUUGAUGCAUGUACCCUUAUUCUAAAAAAUUUCAAUAUAUAUACUCCAACAACAGAUAUUUUUAACUCAUUCGAGGGAUUACUUAAUCAAUCUAAUGAGGAUAUUCACCACCUUUCGAAAAAACUGUCCUACAAUUUUGGAUCCGUGCUGUACACCUUUGUGUUCGGAAAAACCCCAUUCCAUGGAAAGAACAUUUUUAAAAUUUAUAGUAACAUGAAAAGGAAUAAAUUGAUUUUCCCAAAAUACCGAAGAAUUGAUAAAAACUUAAGACAUUUAUUAAAAAAAUUGCUAAAAAACAAUCCUAACAAGAGAAUGCAAUUCAAAAAAAUUAAACGACAUACAUGGUUUUCAAAAGUUGAGUCAACCGUUAUUUCUUAG